GCUAUACGUAGCACGUAUUUUGAGCGAUAGCGUUACCAUAUAACCUGUAGUAGUAGAUAAGUAACGCAAGUAGAGAUAGCAGUAGAAAAUGCUUCGUCGCACAGCCCGCAAGCUGUACCGCUACCAGGAGUUCGAGAUGCACAAUGAGGCCAAGUACCCCUUCAACUACGCGCGUGAGGCGCCGAACACUUCUGUCUUCCCGCAGCACCAGUUGAACUUCUGGAUGUUUUGGGGUUUUGGUCGCCAGGAGCUCUGGAUCGACCGCGACAACCGUCGCUAUGAAACAACCUGGGAAAUGCUCCGCCGCCUGUUGAUGUGGUUCUUUCCCUGUUACUUCAUCUUCCCCUUCGGUCUGCCAAAGUUUUUUGCAGCUAACGCUUUUGGUGAAUACGGCGAAAAGCCGUAUUUGGACUCACAGAUGCAUAACCCGAUGGAUAACCACUACAUCGAAUGGGGCGGUAGCACUCUUGACGCCGAAUGGUUGCGUCACAUUCAUUCCAAGGAGUCGUUCUAG